CUGAGCUAGCCGACACGCCCACGCUUUCGUUCAGGCUACGAGCGUGGCUUGCAUUGCAUCGCGAAAGGAAUUGGCUAUUGCCUAUUUGGCUCUGCACUGCGGAUAGACAGACGGCAGGCACCAGGCAAAGGCAAGCAGACGGAAGCAGCGGAGGGACGAGGAUCGGGGGAGAACCAGCGGAAGAGGGAGGCGGAGGAAGAGACUAGGACGAAGAGGAAGGCGGCGACCGGCGAGGGAGAUGAAGGGAAAGCCCCUGACGCUGGAGAAGUACCAUCGCUUCUUCCUCGACCCAUGGGGCACCCGCAUCACCAUCGACCAACUCAACGAGAUCCUGUUCAUACAUGGGUUCAUCAGGCACCACCAUGGGAGAAAGGGCAGGAUCAUGGAGUGCCUGGUGGGGCAGGUGGACCUGCUGCCGCCUCGCCGCUCCACGCUGCACCCUGAGGCGCUGUCCGCCGCGUCCCCGCCUUCGGCGGCCGCCAUCACCGCGGCGCAGGCCAGGGGCGACGUCGCGGCGAUCGGUUGGGUCGAGUGCCCCAUCGGCUGUGUCGCCGCGUUCGGCGCGCCGGAGCCGGUGGAGCGCGUGCCCCGGCCCGCCGAUUUCGUCCUCGCCGGGCGCCGCCCGCGGUCCAGGCGGACGCGCCGCUCCGCGUACGGGCCGCCCAGUGACGUCGCCGCGUCCACGAAGGUGAAGGCGGGCGCGCCCCGGAAAACGGCGAACGCGAUCAUGAAGGAGGAGCAGCAGGAGCUGUCGUCGCUGCCACCGCCGCCUCCACCGCCGCUUUGGAUGCGGUCUCCCACUCCGCCUCCACCGACUUCGCCGCCCCCGCUGCCAUCUCCUCCGCCUCCGCCACAGGACGUGGCACCGCGGCCUUCGCCACCGUGCCAACCUCAGCCUCCGUUGACGCCGAUCCCCGUGCCACCAGCUUGGGGCACGCCCGCGGUGCUGUCGCAUCCUUCGCAGCUGUUCUGGGGCUUGCCGCUGCCCACACUGCGAGGGCCAGCGCCGGGAUGGAGCGUACCCAGGGUUCCGCCGUCUUACCCGGCGCCGUUCUGGGGCGCACCCAGUGUGCUGCCGACAUUGCCGCCGCAUGUGCCCUGGCGCUGGCCGCCCUCCCCGGCGCUAGCAACGCACCCGCCCAUGCACCUGCUGCGGUCACCACUUUCCCUACCGCUACACCGGCCACAGCCACAUUUGCAGGGGCAGCAGCCGCCUCAUGCACUUCCUCCGACACCGCCGCCUCCCAGGCAACACCACCAACCGCCAAAUUUCUACGGGCAGCAUCCACCUCCUGCUCUCCUUCAGACAUCACCACCUCCUAUGCAGAUGCAGGUGCGCCGCCCGCCGCCGCAUUUGCAGGGGUAGCAGCCGCCUCCUGCGCUGCUCCAGACACCACCACCGUUCCCGGUUCUUUGUUUGUUGCUAAAGUUCAGAUCAGACACAUUGAUAAUGAAUUGAAGAUAAUCAGGUUUUUUUUUGUUUGAACUCUGAAAGGUCAACAGCUGUUUGUGACUGCCUCGUGACUUCUGUUUUCUGCCCCUGAGGUGUAUUAGUUUUACCACUUCUGUAUCAAAAAAUAUGAGUGUGAACAUACUGUCAAAUCGGAUGAAAUGAAGUACUAUCCCUCUUGAGAUUCCUCAGUUUGUACUAUCAAAAAAUUAUUCCCUCUUUGAGAUUC